GCCGCAUUCGCCGCGGCACGCCACUCUCGCCAUACCCCACUCCCCCCUACGCCGCCUCUUCAGAUUCAAGGGGCAGCAGGAGGAGCAGCAGCUGGGAGCCUUGGACGCACGGAGCCGCUCGUGCCUCCAGUCUUGAAAACCUCGGCUAUGGGAUGGUUUGCACGGGACCCAAGGGAAGCCUGGGGUACGCGGCGUUCCUUCCCAUAAUCCCCGAAAACGAGCUGUGCCACGACGAGAACGACCUGCACGUCUCCUACGCCAACGGGCCUCACACGCUCAUGGCGGGUUUGGUGUGGAGCGGGACCAAGGUGACCGUCCGGGACGUCCGGCCCGAGGGAGAGAAAGGCAGGGCGAGGCGUGUGGCGGACCUGCUCGUGGCUGAGCAGGAGGCCUACAGGGGCCUGUGCUGUCCUGAGCUGCUGCUGCUCAUGGGAGUCAGCCUCGUGGAUGAACUUCGUUCGCCGAGACUCGUGUUCGAGCGAGUCCGCCUGGGUUCCCUCUACUCCGUGCUGCAUGAGAGGAAGCUGGACUUCCCCGUGCUGUGCUACGAAACGAUCCUGCGGCUGCUGCUGCAGGUGUGCACGGCGCUUCGGUUCCUGCACAAUCGUGGGGUGCUGCAUGCCGGGCUGUCCUCGCACGCCGUGCAUCUCGUCUCGCCCGACACCGCGAAGCUCUCCGGCCUCGAGUACGCCAUGCGCAGCGAGCCCGGGGGCCGGGCGCGGCCCGGACGGCUCCUGCCCUCCGCGCUGCACCGCUGGCUGCCGCUGGAGGUGCUCGAGGGCAAGAACAUCAGCGCCAAGUCCGACGUCUACAGCUACUGCACCAUCGUCUACGAGAUAUUUUCAGACAGCCUGCCCUGGGCCGAGAUCGACGAUCCAUUUGUGAAGAAGCUCCUGAUGUCGGGGCAGCAGAUGCCUGUGGAGCGGUCCUUGCCGGAACCGUGGCUGGACGUGGUGCGCGCGGGGACGAUCGUGGCCGUCCGGGAGCGCUCUCUCGCCCUGAGCGAGGUCCACUUCACCCUGCGCCAGGACUUGGCGGAGUGGCACCGCGCGCGGCCACCGCCCGCGUCCCGCCGCUCUCCGCUGAGCUCGCGUCCGCCCGUCGAUACCCCACCAGCCGCCGUCUCUCCGUCUGAGGGCGGCUCGCCAACUCUCACCCGGCCUCUCGCCACCGCUUAUCGGAGCGACGGGGAUGUGGGGAUUUCAGCCCGCGACGUCACGGACGCCCCGGGCCCAACGAAGCAAGCCCGUCGUGCCGCUCUUCGGUCUGCUUCGGCCGGGCGAGCGGCCGAGCUGGGGUCAGCGUCCGAGCCUGGCCGACGCGGAGCGAGGGAUGCGCGUGUGGAGCCGGGCAGCCAGAAGGGACGACCGGCGCCCAAGCGGUCCGGCAGAACCGGGGAGAAGCCAGAAGGAGAUCUGGAGGGAGCGCGCGUUGGACGCGAGGCAAGCGGGGGUCGCCGAAAGUUCCGCGCGUACAACGUGCCGCGUGGCGUGGAGUUUGACGUGAGUUUAGAGUCCAGCUCUUCGCAGGUGGAAGAUUCAGCGAAAGAGGAGGCAAGUCCUCGGCAGACGUGGUCGCACGCCGACGCAAGAGACGGCCGCACGGAAAUCCGUUCCAUGCGCAGAGACACGGUGAGCCGCCCUGAGGUGAGCUCGGAAGCAGAAGGCGGGUUUCAGUGGACAGCGGCCCAGCGGAGCUGCCCCUACGACGACGAGGAGGAGGACGAUGAUGCUGGAAAGAUCGGGGAGCGUCCAUUCGGAGGGUGCAGGAGCGAUGUACGCGAUACCACGAGACUUGUGCCGCACGCGCUCGGCACCACCACCGCGAUGUUGGAGCGCCGCUACGAAGCCAGCAUCGGUACGCUGGGGGAUUUGGUGACCCACGACGGCCGUCACGACACCCAUGCGUCCGAGCAACACCACGACACAGAGUCGGAGUGCGAGGGUAAGGCGGAUCAAGGGAUUCACCAGAGGGCUGCCGGAAUGAAACCGAGGCAACAGCAAUUUGGAGACACGAGCGGAUGGAAAUCAUUUCCGGCUGCAGAAAUUCACGCAAGCGAACCGAGAAGUUCGGCGGAGCCCAGCUUCGGGCCACCGCUCGGCAGUGCAGCCGAUCGCCAUCAGGCCACCGGCAACGCUCCGGCUUGUAUCGACGAGGUCGACCGUGCCGUGACCGCGCGCUACGAGACGUCACGGAGAGCGGGAACGCAGGUCGCAGGGAAGCUGGAGAGGAAGGGCGACCGUGGGAAGAUGGCGGUCACAGUUGACGUCGCUUCGCUGAUGGCCGUGGCUCCUCCGCGGCACUACAGGCCUCCUCCGCAAGCGGUGCUCGUCAAGCAACCACGGCUCAACCAGUGCGCUCGUGCCGUCACCGCCACGAAGCCCCUUGACUGCCCUGCAGCAGAGCCAGGGGCUCACGGGGAGGCGCGAGGGACCACGCACGUCUCGGAGUGCGAGCCCAGCUCCCUCGUGGACGAGGUGUACGUGACGACGCAGCGGGGAGAGAGCGUGGAGAGCGACACAGAGAGCGAGGAGGGGAUGGCCUGGCCCCGCGGCGAUGAAGGGAGCGACGAGGACAACGAUGAGUUGGCGCUGACGGAGGAGGAGCCGCGAGACGACUCGCCCGUGAAGCAGCUCUUCCGCAACUUGCGCGACGGGCACCACCACGCCGCGCCAGCCAGGUCUUGCAGGUUCAUCUUGCCGUGUGAUGCCGUGGAGCAGCCUGAGAGGGACACCCAGGGCCCCUCUGCACGCCACGCGUCUGGGGCCCCUCGUAAACCACCGCGCGAGCAGGGGGCUCGGUGCACAGCAGGCAGAGCGGAGACGGACGCAGGCGGGGAGGCGGGGACCGUCUUCCCACGGGCGCCGAAAUCGGGCGAGGAGGAGAAGCCAGGGGGCUCCGCAACCGCGUCGGUAAACACCAGAGGAGGCGGGGGGGGGAAGGCGGCGUCCGAGCAGGGCCACGCAAACUCGGCCCCAUGGGCCUCCGGGACGGGCGAGAAGGGAUCCGGGCCGCCCGCCGGCAGCGUGGGGGAGAGCAGCGCGCGGCGGUUUGAGGUGUGGGAGGAUGAGGAGGAGCCGGAGGUGCGUCAGGAGGCGAGCCCGGAGCUGGACGACAGCUUCGUGACCAAGAGGCGCGGGCGGAACACGCCCGGCGUCGUGGCGCAGGCCGGCGUCUCCAGAGUUGCUGUGCACGAGAGGGAGGGGACGAUGAUCGAUGAGUCCGAGUAUUUCACCCCUGAACUCAAUGCGAGGUUACGUCGCGCCCAGUUUCUCCACCGCCUGCAGAGCCCCGUCGCCAGCGUGGAGGAUUUGACCAGCCCCCAGCUGCGGCGCCAGGGCCUGGUCCCCCCCAUGGCGAAGGGCGCGCAGCGCCGGGAACUUCAACAGGAGCAUGCCGACGGCGCUGCUGCUCUGCACCGCGCAGAAGAGGAGGAUGAGGAGAGCGAGGGGUCAUCGUCGGAUGAGGCCGGGACACCACGACCUUCUCUCUCGCCCAGCUCAAGGUCGCUGUCCGACACGUGCGAGCUGUCCCUCAUCGUGCGUGACGCCACGCGGAGCCAGGCCCGCGGCCUCUGCUUGUCGCCCGGUGUGCCGAGCCCGUCUUGCCGAGCCGCCGAGAGCACCCCCAAGCAGCCCGCCAGCAGCGACGCAGCGGCGAGCGGCCGGGAAGCGCUGGAGGACACGUCGGUGUGGAGGAGCUUCGGUGAUGAGCCGCCCGACAGUUUCACCGCGCCUGCCACUGCCUCCACGCGCCAGGCUCCGCCAACCAUGCCAGUCGUGUGCAGCAGCGACAGCAGCGGCGGUGGCAAGGACUGGAACACACCGCGAUCGACUGCCCGGUCGGGGAGGAGCCGGAUGACGCCUGCAGAAUCGGACAAGAUGGACGCGGGGGCCACGCUGCUUCCUCCCUCGGAGCCUCGUGCAGCCCAUGGCGCUGCCGGGCGUCUGCACCGGGACCGUCCGGGGGGUAGCCCCUACCCCGCUGCCCCCGCUGCGGACGGGCUUCCCCGCGGGGGCCCGAGCGCGUUGCCGGGCAGCGCGAGGCCGGCUGCGGCCCCCGGUGGGGGGCGUGAGGCCGAGGGAGACGCCGAGGUGGAGCAGCAGGCCGAGGAGGGGUACGAGACGGCGCACUGGGCCGAGGGUUUCUCCGGCCGCGCACCGGCGCCGUCCUUCAUGUACGACACGUGCAAGGAGACCCCAGGGUCGUUCGCCAGGACGUGCCAGUGGGGAUCGACCGACGACGAUGACAAUGGAAGCGAGAUGAAGACGGCGUCGGCUCCAGGCGAACGAGCAGAUGGGACGACCAGGGUCCCGGCAUCUGAUACCGACGGUGCCGCUGGCGGAGGCGGUGGAGAAGGCGGAGAAGACGGAGAAGACGGAGAAGACGGAGACGGUGUCGACGAGACCGCGGGCGAGAUGGUGACGGCCAACGCGCCGGACGAGCGCGAAGUCGAGGGCGGCACGUCCGGCUCCCAGCCCAGCGACAGCCGCAGCUCGGCGGACGAGAUGAACUCGGCCUUCCUGAGCCUGGACACGACGGCGGCGAUGGCGAGGGAGAGCACCUGGAAAGAGGAGGUGGAGUCGGAGGAAGAGCCGGUUGGCCAAGGGGCGGAGGAGGUCCCCUCCCACUGGCCGGCAGGAGAUGCAGCGGAGGCUUCCUCGCGCGCCAAGCAGCCGCACACGGUCUCCCCGAGCCACACGGCUGCUGCUGCUGCUGCUGCUGCUGGAGGAGGAGGCCAUGAUGGCGACGACCAUAGGCCUGAGCGGGCGUGGCCUGUGGUGGUCACCGAGGAGGGCAUCAGGGCUGGCGGCGCGACCCCCAGCACGGCUGUGACCAGGGCCCCACAAGAGGCACAGCAGGACAGGGACAGCCUCGAGGAGGACAGCGGCUCGGGCGGCGAGGAGGAGGAGGAGGAGAGGGGCGAGAAAGAGGCGCUACCUUCCAGUGGCGAUCCGCCCGCCUCGAAGGCAGCGGACGCGUCGCUAUUGCCGCACUUCACGACUGCCGGUAGCAUCAGCUCGGAGCCGGCACGGGUGGAGACUCCCAUCCAGGGGGCCCAGACUCCACGCCAGACUUAAAGAACGAGGGGUCCGGACCAGGCUGCCCGCACCGACUGUGAUAUGACCGCGCCAGGGCCCUGACCUCCCCCCCCCACCACCACCCCCUCACCCACUCACCCACUCACCCCACCUCCCGUCCACAAAUCGCCAAGCGACAAGGGUUGCCACCUCUGAGGAACUAUAAAAUUGGGACACAUCGUCCGAAUAUGUGUUCCAAUUUUUGACGCGUCCCAAACAUAUCGGUCCUGUAACGCUUUGUGGGGAAAGUCAUCAGUGCUCGUCUCUUGGACACGCUCGCUCGCCCCUUCCAAAGGAAUGUAGAGUUUACACGACUGGCCCAGGAGCUGUAAAUAGAUGAGGUGGUGAGGAAGAAUCUCGCAGUCGGCGAGGGGCGCACGCAGGGGACAUGAAUCGACUGGAGUUGGUUUAUUGCUACUCAACUCACGACUAAGACCCCGCGAGACUCGUAACAUCCCGGGAAGAAUCGCAGACUUCCCAGGACAGUGUCCUGGGGAAAACCAAGACAGGGUGGCAACCCUCGUAGCAAUGGCACCUCGGCGCUGAAAAGCAACGUUGAAUAUUAUAACGUUACAAACAGCGAAAUAAAACGUUCGCAUGCGGUUGAGUUGCAGAACCGUAGUCUUGAGUUACAAAAUAUUGGAAUGGUGACCCUGGCCGAGGUUAUUAUGAUGCAGAUAAAAUGUGUAUUUCGCCGGCGUAAAAAUUAUGGCGGCGGAGCCAAACGUUCCAUGAAUAUCGUAGGGGCAGUAGCAGCAGCUGGGGGGGUUAGGCCAGGCGGUGCGGGAGGACACAGGGGGGCUUUAGUGCCCUCUGUCAGCCGUGCCCUCUGUGCCCGUCCGAGAGAAUCCAUCCCACGACUGUUCUCUCCGAAACC